AAGAAGGGAAUUGGUGGGGAGGAGGGGAGGGGGGAGGCAGGCAAGGAGAGCGGUCAAAUCCUCAGCAGUUACUUGGCUCACUUCUCGUCCAGUGAAUGCCGUCUCUUAUGAAGGUGGUUUGUGAGUUAUGACAUCUUUUAUGAAGCAAAUUGGACGUUUUCAAGCAAAUUCGAACGGUAUGCAACCUGAGGUGAAGGCAGAUUGCGUCGACCUCCCCACAGGCGUGUUGCGAGGCGUCUGCGUCGUGAGGAAUGACUCCAUAUGAAAAGUUACUCAUAGUUUUCCCCUCACAGAAUUAAUGGGGGGUCAGUAAGGAGCCCAACUUUUCUCUAGGAAGGAUCAGGCCCUCCCCUCUCCCAUCCCCCCCAACCCUCCGCUGCUACAGUACAGUCUAGGUGUGUUUGUGGGGGAAACCGAGACCUUGGGAUGAACAACCUCCGCUGACCCUGAGUGUGAGUGUGAUGGGAGAGGAGAGGACAUGCACGCAGCGAGGACGAGGAUGAGGGGAAUGCUCAGGUCAAGCCAGUCUAGGUGUGGGUGGGAGGAAUGACCUCUGUGUGAGUGUGUGAGGGAAUAAGAAAAGGACCACCAGGCGAGGGACAAAGGGGAGGUGGACGGAGUAUAAAAAACGAGCCAUGGUGAGUUAGUCGCCCGCAUGAGGUAAGUCAGUUCACGUCCGUGGAUUUAGCAACUUUUUUAAAACUUUUCCUUUACUUUCGUGUGAGAACCCGCGGCAACUCACCUGCCUCGCCGCGGCCCGGCAACCCUGAGUCAUCAGCUGAGCUCAGUCUGCGUCGAGAGCGGACGGGAGGUACACGGCAGCUCCCCCGCCCCCGUUGAUCAGUAACCGUGUCCCGCCGUGUGUCUGGCGGCGCCCGUGUCUCACCGCCGCCACGCAUGUCCACAAGAACUCUGUGGCAGACUCGUGUCCCCGCCCUGAGUGCCUAACGUUGAUGAUGGCUUACAGGACGUCCAGCUAACGUGUCGCGGCUAACGUUCGCGCGGGUGGUGCCUGGAUAACGUUUGUUGGUUAAAAGCCGAAGACACUGCGCUGGUGCUCAACGGAGGGUGACGCUCAGUGGACACUCACUGUAGCUAACGUUGAACGCAAUACAUAAGGCUAUCAGUAACGUGAACUAGAGAUUCUGAACUGUUACGUCAGUGAAGGAAGCCUGGGGAACGUUUAGCGAAACAUGGUGCCCAGCAAACACUUCGCAAACGUUGAUUUAGUCCACGUCUCCGAGUAAAAGUUUUUAACGCUAGACGAGACAGUAAGGACGAUGCACCACAAACGUUAGUGAAGGAUCCUGGGCAACGUUUAGCUAAGGAUGGAGCGUCGCCCGCGUGGAGGCAGGAUGGUGCCGCGCUGACGCUCCUGCAGGAUGGCGGUGCAGCGUGAGGCACAUCCUUACCACCUGUCAACGCGGCGCAACAUGAGUCCGCAUGCCCCAGGGCGUGCAGUGUUGGCGCUGGUGGGCGUGGUGGCGUGGUGGGCGGCGUGCGUGCUGGCUGACCUGCCGCCCCACCUCUCAUCGCUCGCUCCUCAGGGCAGGGCCAUCGAGUCCCACUCCUACUACUCGUACAACAAGUUUGCCCACAAGGCGUGUCGGGUGGACGGGCGCUCCGGCGUUUGCAUGUUCGUCUGGGAGUGCAUCAAGUCGGACGGACAGCACGCCGGGAUGUGCAUGGACGGCUUCAUGUUCGGCUCCUGCUGCAUACACGAGGAGAAACAAAACGACCUCUCCUCUUCCUCACAUAAUAAAGAAGGCCAUGAAAACCCCCCAUCAUCAUCCUCAUCAUCGUCAUCAUCAUCGCAUCACAGCCACGACCUCUCCUCUGAGCAGGUCGUGCCGGGGAUCAUGACCAAGAAUGCAAGUUUCACGCUGCCUCCGGACGACCCCUCCACGACCAUCACGACCUCCCCGCUGCAAUCCGUGGAGUCAGUGUACACCUCCCCGUCCUUCUUCACCUCACGACCCAUCACAGUUCGACCCACACGACCACCACCACCACCACCACGACCACGCCCCCCACCCACCAUAUGGACGAGGAUACCGCCGUUUUCUGGGCCUACUACGACUACGACGACCACUACGACUACGACUACGACCACGCCACGACCCACCACGACUACCACGACCCCCUUCAUCCCCCCCUUCACCCCGCCCCGCCCCCCCACCCGGCCCACCCGCCCCCCGAAACCCACGAAGCCGGCACGACCCACCUUACUACCUUGGUGGGUGAUGACGACUCCCAGGACGACCACGCUACGACCCUUCCCUCCUCACGUCACCACCCCCCAUUCCUCCACCCGCACCAAUCCCACCACCACCCCCACCACCACCACUACGACUACCACUACCACCACUACGACCACCACCACUACCACACCAAAGCCAACUACUACUACUACCACCACUGCGGAUGCGACGACCCCACGGCCAGGUCCUGUUGUAAGCAGCGCACACACCAAGCACGAGUGCGGCGUGCCCUCCAUGAUCAUGCAGCCUGAGGGACGCAUCGUGAACGGCACCAACGCCAAGUUCGGGGAGUGGCCGUGGCAGGUGUCGGUGCGGCGGACCAGCUUCUUCGGCCUCUCGUCCACCCAUCGCUGCGGCGGCGCGCUCCUCAACGAACUCUGGAUCGCCACCGCGGGACACUGCGUCGACGACCUCCUGACGUCACAAAUCCGGAUCCGAGUGGGCGAGUUCGACUUCUCGUCCGUGGGCGAGCCGUACCCGUACGUGGAGCGCGGCGUGCAGCGCAAAGCCGUGCACCCCAAGUACAACUUCUUCACGUACGAGCACGACCUGGCGCUGGUCAUGAUGGAGAAGCCCGUCACCUUCCUGCCCCACAUCUCGCCCAUCUGUCUGCCCGGCAACGACGACCUGCUCAUCGGCGAGACGGCCACCGUGACGGGCUGGGGGCGCCUCUCCGAGCACGGCAGGCUGCCCUCCGUGUUGCAGAAGGGCUCCGUUCCCAUCGUGAGCAACAGUGUGUGCAAGGACAUGUUCCUGAAGGGCGGCAGGAGAGAGCACAUCCCGGAGAUCUUCCUGUGCGCCGGCUACGAGAAGGGCGGCAUAGACUCCUGCCAGGGUGACUCAGGCGGGCCGCUGCAGGUGAAGGGCGCUGACGGCCGCUACUUCCUCGCGGGCAUCAUUUCCUGGGGCAUCGGGUGUGCGGAGGAGAACUUGCCCGGCGUGUGCACGAGGAUAUCCAGGUUCGUGCCGUGGAUACUCGAGAACGUCACCUAGACACGGCUUCGUCCGCCCCAACGCCAUCUACACUCCACGCCCAAGACCUGCCCGGCGUGUGUACCAGAAUGUGCCUUGGAUACUUGAAAAAUGUCACCUAGGCACUCUUUUACUCAUUCCAAGGCCAUCUAACAUCAAGCGCAAGAUCUGCCCGACGUGUGUACCAGAAUGUGCCUUAAAUGUGCCUUGGAUACUUAAAAAACGACACCUAGGCACUUUUUUACUCAUUUCAAGGCCAUCUAACUUCAAGCGCAAGAUCUGCCCGACGUGUGUACCAGAAUGUGCCUUAAAUGUGCCUUGGAUACUUAAAAAACGACACCUAGGCACUUUUUUACUCAUUCCAAAGCCAUCUAACUUCAAGCGCAAGAUCUGCCCGACGUGUGUACCAGAUUGUGCCUUGCGUGUGCCUUGGAUUGCCGUGGAUACUCGAGAACGUCACCUAUUGGCACUCCUUCACUUCAGCUUGUGACUGAUACGAACAGCUAGCGAGUGGGUCGUUAUUGUACCGCACAGGGAAAUGGAACUCGUCUUUAAAACAUCCCUAAGUAGAGUGUAAGGUGACGGGAAAGUGAGUGUGUUUGACGGCAAGAUAAAGACUUAUAAGUGUGAGUAAAGUAAUCGUCUCUCUUUACUGGGUCGCUGAUGUGUCGCGAUCGGAAAUAAGAGAAACUUUAUACAUAUUCAGUGUGACGAGACGAGGAUAUGUUUUCUUUACCACGCUCAUGAAACUUUGAAAACCAUAGACAUAUCGUGAGUCGCUCUUGUGUUGUGGUCAGAAAUAAGAGUCACUCGUCUUUAAUAUCCCGAAGUGAAGUGUGGUAAGAUCAGAAAAUAGUGCAUGAAAAGGAAAAAUAAGAACCUGUAUCUCAGGAGUGUCGGUAAUCGUGGCAGACAGACGUGGAGGAGAAUGAACGAUGUACGGAAGGUUGUUAUUCUCAGGAAACAAUCACACACAACUUAGUGAAACCCGAAGUGUGUGAUCUAGAGUGAAAUGUCGCCAGUGAAACAAAAAGUAUUAUCAUCAGUGUGGGAAGAUGACUUUUUGGGGGUAGACUAUAAGAGAAGACAUGCCUACUGUGAGCAAAAAUAAGUGGGCAGUGGCAUUUUUACUGGCUUUGCUAUCUUUGAACAAGUAAACACACAUAUUGCAGGUCAAGGUGUGUGUGUGUGUGUGUGUGUGUGUGUGUGUGUGUGUGUGUGUGUGUGUGUGUGUGCAGGUAGCCAGUUUAGCCAGGUAGCUCCCCGUGAGAUGACCGCCUUGUGAUAACACGUAAAUAGGUGCUUCCAGACCCUCUUCAGCCCCGCGUCCCACUUCCUGGUGAGUGAAGACUUUGAGGCCCUCACGCUGAUGGGCGAAAGAAAACCUCUCGCUGGUGUUAGAAAAGCUUGUUGUUAGAAAAAGUUUGAGCUCUCAUGGAAAUAGAAAAAGCUCCCCGAUAGGAACUCUUCAAACCUACCUACUAAAGGGAGUUGAGUUCACCUGUUUAGGAUUGAAGUUAAUUGAAGAAGCUCACCUGUUAGGGAUGCUCCGUCUAUUGGUGGGGUGACUUAGAAGCCCACUUGGUAAUGACUGAAGCGUAAUUCCACAUGUUUAAAGAAGCUAUAAUUAACCUUUUUACGAGUAAGCUGAAGCGUGUAAUGGGAAAAAGCUAAUCCACCUGGUAAUAAGAGGCGCUUCAUCCCCUUCAACAUCCUGUAAUGAAGUUAAGCUUGACCCCCACACACUCUUACUUCCCUUCCUUGUGACGGAGACGCAACCUGGUGACGGAGGUGGCAAAGGGGGGCGUGCAUAUCACCUUCCUCUUGUGGACACCCUAUUCCCUACGUGCACACCAGUUAUCUAACAUGUGCACCACCUCUUCUUUCUUUUGUGCACGAUUCUCCCUUUACGUGUGCACUCCCUUUCCUAUUUCUACAUCCUCACCCCUGCGUGCACAGUCUCCUCCUUGCGUGUGUGCGCCCUCCCUUUUCCAACGUGCUUACUUCCCCCCAAAGUGCACAGUUGAUCUAAUACGUUCAUUAACACAUCUCCUGUACGUAAGCAGCCACCUUCUCUACAUCUGCACUCCCCUUCUCCUUCGUCCACAUCCCCGUCUCCCUUGUGCACAGCUCCCCCCUCCCCCUCCCCUUCACGGCUGUCUGUCUAGUUUAUAAGUUCAAUGUGCCAUGACGUAUCCAGGCGGGCUUUCAUCCACACCAAGAGAAACACAGGCAGCGUCCAGCGUCCACCCUCCGUCGCCCUCACAGGACCGCGGCGCCGUCACCCACACACCCGCGGAAAGAAAUAUCUACACCCUAGCGAAUAUACUUGGUGAAGAAACACAUACUUUUCUAGUAUACUUAUGGGUGAAACGGACUUGAGUAUACUUUAGGAGGAAACACCCCACUAGUAGAUUUGGGGUUAGAAAUAAACUUUCCACGAAUAGAUUUGGUGAAGGACCACCUUACAGGAACACUAUGGGAAUGGAUGCAGAAACAAAAGGCAGUUGGUAUAUUUCAAUUAACACACUUGAGAGAAAUAUAUACUAACUGAAGAUGAAACACUACAACGAGUAAAUAAUGGGAAGAAACUCCUACAAGUGUACUUUGGAAUAAACACCUCAUGAGUAUACACGGGGAUGAACACUCGCGAGUAUACUUCAUGAAGGAAACACACCCUAGGGAGUAUAUUUAAGUCAAAAACAUACCUUAUGGCCAUAUAAGGGAAGGAGCUCACCUCCACGUGUAUACAUGUGAAGGGAGGAACACCUAUACACUCCCAUGCGUAUGCGUAUAAGGAAGUGUCGUGUAUUCAGCAGCUCAAGGCGAGCGUAAGGCUGUGUACUGUGUAAAUAUAUGAGUGUGAUGAGUCGUGUAGCUGGCAUACGCGACUCUCCACAGCAGGAUCAGCAGCGGGGAGACUGGCGCUUCCGUGCUGCCCUGCUCCUUGAGGCUGGGUGCCGGAGGUCAGGGCACCAGCCUCGAGAGGGACUCUUUUAUACCGGUAAAUGACUGGCUCAAAAAACAAAAAAAAGUAUAUCGUUAUGCAUUACUACGGGCUGUGUUUCGAGGGGCCUGGCGCAGACACCCACACUCACGCCCUGCCCCGCCCCCAUCUGCUAAACCUUUGUUGACUGAUCUGUUAAUAGUGAUUUAUUAAUAUUCUAAUGUUAUGAUAAAAUGCAACAAGGGAGAUAUGAGGUGCUUGCCGCCCUAACACCCAGGUAAUAUGAAAAUGUGAAAGGGUUUUGUACAGAAGUAUUUGAAUAUAAACGUACAUAUUCAGUGCUGGAAAAUAUAGAGCAAUGUUAUAUACGCAUGUAAAGCUAGACCGGAACUUGAAGAACACAGACCAACGCCGAGAAGAGAUUAAAUGAUGUUGCUCAGAAUAGGACGUUCAGAUCACUGUUUAUAUUUUAUGCACCAAGAAUGUGUCCAUAUGUGUAUACCUGAAUCAGUAAAGUAUGUCUAUAUUUCUUUGUACAUCAAGAAUAUAUUUUUUGUCUAUAUGAAUGUAUAGAGUAAAUGCGUGUAUAUCAAAAUUAAUGUUGAAAACUGUAUGUACAUCAUGAACAUGUUAACACCGACGUCAUUUUCUCCUGUAACUCAACAUUUUCCUUGUGUCACCUCAUCUUGUUUGUGUUUUUGCAUAUACUUUCAUCAUAUAAUCUAAUUUGUCAUAUCACAUAUUACUAUACUCCGGUGCCACCUUGGACAAGACGGAACUGUUGCCAACCAAACCAAUCAGUGUGAGAUCCAUGACAUGCAUUAUAAGAUCCCUGACACUCAGUAGGAAGUGGGGAGGUGGAUUCUGGAGCCUCUACAUCAGUUCAGUUUAAUUAAUCGACAAUAGAAGUUAAGUAGUCAUUCAGUCAUUCAGUUUAUCAGAUAAGAAUAUCCUUAAAGAACCACUUAGAUGAAGACAUUGCUUUAUAUGAUUGUGGAGUGUUCACGUCUGCAAAAAAAAAUACCAGGGAUUUAAGCCCACCCUAAAAAAAAUAAUUUAGAUCAGCCUUACUGUAUACAUGUUUUAUUUUCCUUUAGAGAUGUUGCAUAUAGGUUUUGUACGGUCUUGUAUAAACAAUUAUUAUUCUGCUGAGAAGUUUCUUUUUAUAUAUAUCUGCACUCUGAGUAUUUUUUCCUUCUCUUGUUACUUAAAAAUGAAACCAUCUCGAGUGUAAAUAAACCACCACGUUAUGUGC